AUAUAUAUGUUUAUAGUAGUAACAACAACACAUGGAUGGAAUUUAUAAAUAUUUUAAUGCAUCGCUAUGCGCAUUCCCACCAAGCACACGUUUCUUAGGACUAUUAUCGUAAGAAACGUGAUUUGUAGAAACACACGUAGCGAUGCAUUAAAAUAUUUAUAAAUCCUAUCCAUGGAUUAUCAUUAUUAUUAUCCUACAUUAUACUGACACAGCUCGAUACAACCCACAAAAACUGUUAUUGCUAGUUGGUAUCAUUAGGCUGUACCUGGCAAAUUGAAAUAGGAGCUUUUAUAUACAUAUUCAAAAACAUUUCCCGUAAACGAACUUAGAGGAUGUGCGUGUGUGUGUGUGUGUACAAUGGACUUCCACACUUUCCGUCUACCAAAUUCACCCACAAGACAUUGGCCAAUCCUGGGCCAUAGCAGAAGCCACUUGCCCAAAGUGUUGCACACUGGGAGUGAAGAAAAAAACCACAUGGUUGUAAAGUGACCUCCUUAAACACCCUGUCAUGCUUACUGUUUACAAGCAGUUAUGAAAUAUUAGAAAAAAUGUAAGAGAAAAACAAAAGAACAAAAGUAUGAGACGUAUAGAAGAUUAGACUAAAUAAUCCGGCCGGAACAAUAUUUAUAACUAAACCAAGUGCUUCGACUGUCAGUCGUUGUGCUGAAGUCGACCUGUACUUCGCCCCUUGUUAUGCGUGGUUAAAAACAAAACUUCGAGAAUUUCCAAGUUAUUGAAAUGACAGAGGCAGAAGAGUUAGACGGUGCUACUAUUUUGGCGAAUGCUUUAAAACAACAAGGUAUUGAAUAUGUGUUUGGCAUUGUUGGUGUUCCGGUUAUCGAAGUUGCAAUGGCCAUGCAAACUGCUGGCAUCAAGUUUGUGGCUAUGAGGAACGAGCAAGCUGCUUCUUAUGCUGCUAGUGUGAUUGGUUACCUAACAAGAAGACCAGCAGCUUGUCUUGUAGUCUCAGGUCCUGGUUUAGUACAUGCUCUUGCUGGUGCUUCCAGCGCUAUGGAGAAUUGUUGGCCAAUGUUACUUAUUGGGGGUUCUUGUGAGAGACAACUGGAAGGCAUGGGAGCUUUUCAAGAAUACCGACAGGUGGAAUAUGCCAGAAAUUUCUGCAAGUAUAGUGCCCGACCCAGUUGUGCGCAACGGAUUCCAGUCUUUGUAGAAGCUGCUGUAAGAGUUGCUCUUUAUGGUCGUCCUGGAGUUAGCUACUUAGAUCUACCAGCUGAUAUGAUAACAGCUGCUGUUGAUUCUUCAUCAGUUGUAUGGUGCCAAAAGUGUCCUGAUUCUCCAAGAGUACAUUCCUCCCUUGAAGACGUUAGAAAAGCCCUCCAAGUCCUCUCCGCUGCCCAUAAACCUUUGGUCAUCAUUGGCAAAGGAGCUGCCUAUUCCCAGGCUGAGAAGGAACUGCAACAUUUUUUAUCAAAAUAUGUUUGCAGAGCUCUUCGAGAAGCUGAUGUGAUUCUUCUUCUUGGUGCACGUUUGAACUGGAUUCUACACUUUGGCCUUCCUCCUCGCUUCCAACCAAAUGUCAAAAUCAUUCAGGUGGAUAUCCAUCAAGAAGAAUUGGGUAAUAAUGUUCAGCCUGUUGUAGCUCUUGCUGCUGAUGUAAAAGCAGCUAUUUUCCAGAUGUCAAUGGAAUUAGCUAAUUCUUCAAACAGUUAUCCCUUUCACCAUACGGAACUUUGGUGGCAAGAAUUGAAUAUGGCUAUUGACAAAAAUAAAAAAGCCAUAAAUGCUUUGAGUGCUGAUGAAACUGUGCCUCUCAACUAUUACUGUGCCUUCUCUAAAAUUACAGAAAUUCUUGGAGAAAAUGAUGUUGUCAUUGUGAGUGAAGGUGCCAACACAAUGGAUAUUGGUCGGUCCAUGAUACAAAACCUGUUACCAAGACAACGGCUUGAUGCUGGGAGUUUUGGAACGAUGGGUGUUGGUAUAGGAUUUGCAAUAGCAGCUGCAUUCUGGUGUAAGGAGAAAGGCGGUAAGAAGCGUGUGAUUUGUGUUGAAGGAGACAGUGCCAUUGGUUUCUCAGCAAUGGAAUUGGAGACUGUAUGCCGAUAUAAACUGCCAAUAAUAUUUCUUGUCUUUAACAAUAAUGGAAUCUACAGUGGUUUGGAUGGUGAGAGUUGGAAUUACCUUCAGGAAGAUGACAUGACUCUCGUGGCCCCGCCUACAGCUCUAACUCCAGAAACUCGUUAUGACAAAGUUAUGGAAGCCUUUGGUGGCAAAGGUCACCUGGUGAGGACCCCAGAGGAACUGUGUAAAGGUUUUAAGAAUGCAAUGGAAGAUGAAGAUGGAGCUUAUCUGUUCAACAUCUUAAUCGACCCAGUUGCCACUCGGAAGACACAGGAAUUCUCUUGGCUCACUUCAUCUAAGUUGUGAAUUCUAACGGCGUUUGUAACAAAAACAAGAAAACAUUCCACCAUGGAGAAUUAAGAUAUCUACAGAAACAUUUAUGAUUGAUUAUGUGUGUGAAAAUAUCAGAAAGAUGUUCAAAUAAUUUAAUGACAACAUUAUAAUGGUUUUAAGAAAAUAAUUAUUAAUACAAUUAAAUAUAUAAUGAAAUAUUUUUCCAAA